AUGACCACCUUCACUCAGACAAUGCCGGUACUCGCAAUCACCCUUACCCUCACCCUCGCUGGACGAGCAAGAGCAUCUACCUCCUUCACGUCUGCUACAGUGACAGCUGAUCAGCCCCUGCCCACACGACAGGUGGACGAGGAAGAGUACAAGCCGAGCACGGGGUUGGUCGUCGGUGCGGCGGUCGGUACUGCCGCGAUCGUCAUCAUACUCCUGAUCCUGAUCCUGUACUUCGCGAUGAAGCGCAGGAGGGAGUCUCGGGAGAUCGCUAUGAGUCGACAGGCGGCUCAUGCUUCGAUCACCAUCGGGCGGCCCUCGGUCGGCUUGCAGGAUCGCCAAACGGAGUCGAGCAGCGGCCGCGGGCUCGGAUCCGGAGAUGGCUUGCCAGGAAAGGAGACUGCAACUCGCUCCGGUUCCCACCUAUAUCCAUCUCCUCGCCACCUUCCUACCGACAGGCCGCUCGCGUCCACCGAUGGUCCCGGGUCAGGGACUCAUACCCCUCCCACGCCUCCCAACAUGGAACGGGACACUACCAUCACCGGCGUCACCCCGCUCUCGACCGCCAAUCAAGGGAUGUCUGGUCAGGCCGCGUGCAUCAGAUACGUGCACCACCGAGAUGCCGGUCUCGUGAUCGAGCUCCCUCCAAGCUACGAAUCACUGGGCUCGAGGUAG